GAGCUCCACGCUCUAGAUUCGAACAACCUUCAGGAACACCUUUCACGACUCAAUAUCGACUCCAUCCCGUCGUACACCCGGCUAACAGGUCAUGUGGUUAGACGGGGGCAUUUGCUGCUCCGCCCAACCGAGCCAGUCAUAUCGAGUGCGCUAUCCGUAUUUUGCCUGAAUUUAAUUUGCGCCGUCUCACCGUUCACCUUCGGUCUGGAGUUCCUACCUAACUGCAGCACGUGCAAGAUUAUUUCCGGAUGGACUACAUGCGACAAUUGGAUCGGGCAAGUUCGUCGACCUUCUCAUGCAUUUAUAAGAAAUGGAGGUCCCACAUCUCGGUGUUAUCGAGACAAUCUCUAUAAAGACAAUGUCAAAAUGGCGCCACUUCCUCGAAGCGAUUUAGGUAGAUUUUUAGAGAAAGAGGAAGUGGAAUCGUGCAAUAUUUCGAGAACUUCAAGAAGAUCGGGUUUGGUUCGAGAUUUUCGUAUAAGCACGAGGGACUCAUUCACAUAUUUGCCUUUAAGGUACAAGCGGCGCUAUUUGCGCUGAGUACUAGUGCUGUUCAACUGGGUUCAUUUUGUCAAACUACAGAGAAACCAGGAAUAGUACGAUGGACGAUAUAUGCGUUAAACAUGGUGGCAAAAAACCGUCUAGCUAUGGCCUAAAGAUUGAAGAUCGAGUGUGGCACUCUAUAUACAAAUGGUGAAGUGAGGAACCUGAGACAUUCUGGCAUCAUCUGCACAAUUGGUCCGGCGUCACGGGAAGUUGCGACGUUAGUCAACAUGAUAAAGUGCGGCAUGAACAUCGCCCGCCUAAAUUUUUCCCAUGGAACAUACGAGUAUCACGCUGGCACAAUCGCAAACGUUCGUGAAGCAAAUCGCAUCGUAAACGAGCAAAUCGCCCCGGACAAUCUUCACGUUGCUAUCGCUUUGGACACGAAGGGCCCUGAGAUCCGUACAGGCCUACUUGUUGGAGGUGCGACUGCUGAGAUUGAACUCAAGAGAGGCGCAACUAUCAUUGUUACAACUGACGACGCACUUCAAGAUGCGUGCUCUGAGGAAAAGCUUUACGUCGACUACAAGAAUAUCACCAAGGUUGUCAAAGUUGGACAGAAGAUCUACGUCGAUGACGGACUAAUUUCUUUAAUAGCACAGGAAGUGCGUGCUGAUGAAAUCAAGUGCACCAUCGAAAAUGGAGGGCUUUUGGGCAGUAAGAAGGGUGUUAAUCUUCCCGGAGCAAUUGUUGACCUGCCUGCGGUGUCCGAGAAGGACAAAGCUGAUCUCCGAUUUGGUCUAGAACAAAAGGUUGAUAUGGUGUUUGCGUCUUUCAUUCGAAAUGCUGGUGGAGUAAACGAAAUCCGACAGGUUCUUGGUGAAGAAGGCAAGGAUAUCCUGAUUAUUUCAAAAAUUGAAAACGAUGAAGGUUGCAAGAAGAUCGAUGAAAUCAUUGCGAUCACCGAUGGAAUUAUGGUUGCCCGAGGUGACCUUGGAAUUGAAAUUCCGCCUGAGAAGGUCUUCCUCGCCCAAAAGAUGAUGAUCGCUAAGUGCAACAUGGUUGGCAAGCCUGUCAUCUGCGCGACCCAGAUGCUCGAAUCAAUGGUGAAAAAGCCUCGACCUACUCGCGCCGAAAGCAGUGACGUUGCCAAUGCUGUGUUGGACGGAGCCGACUGUGUGAUGCUGUCUGGGGAGACGGCAAAGGGCGACUACCCCCUCGAGACGGUUAAGAUCAUGUCAGCCAUUUGUUGCGAAGCGGAAGCCGCGUUUUUCCAGAAAGAUGUUUUCCGUCACCUCUCAGAAAUAACGCCUGUGCCCACUGACUCGACGCAUACCGUUGCCAUUGCCGCCGUAGCUGCCUCCGUCAAAUGUUUGGCCGGUGCCAUUAUUGUCGUAACGACCACAGGACGAACGGCUCACCUGGUUGCCCGCUACAAGCCCCGUUGUCCUAUCAUUGCAGUGUCGCGCUCGGAGCAGACCGUCCGUCAGGCCCAUCUCUACCGCGGCAUCCUGCCGCUUGCCUACGGUGGGGACCGACUACCUGACUGGCCGCAGGACGUCGACAAGCGUAUUGAGUUUGCUAUUAGUAUUGGCAAGACUCGCGGUUUCCUCAAAAAGAACGACUCAGUGAUCGUGGUUACGGGUUGGCGAAAAGGAGCCGGCGCAUCCAACACCCUGCGUGUCGUCGCUGUACCUUAAGGUCGCUGUGCAAAAUGGAGAAAAACAACCUCCAGCAGAAGCAAAAGGAGCACAAAGACCCACGAAAAUCAACGUUCAGUUAACAGCGAGACGGGAAAAAGAAAAUCACUGGACAGAGAGAGAAAGCGAAGGGGAAACCUGUAAAACCAAGGGAAAAUAAUGACCUAAUCGAAAAGAGCUCGUUGUGAAUGCAGAUCAUCAUUGCCAUUAUCGAAUUUGUUGUUCCUGUGAUUACAGCAGGUCGCUUCCAUGUUCUGUUUCACUAUUAGGGUUAGUUCAUACAUAAUCUGUAGAGUAAGUUACAUCAGUUAAUAUCAGCGCAUGCAGAACAAACGCGAUUAAGGAAGAUCCUCACGUGAUGAUUACUUAUUUCGAUGAGUGUCAAGUAGCGAGUUGCAGGACGUUUAGACAGAGACCGGAUGAGAAUCAAGACAAAAAAUGAAAAAAUCAAUGAACAUGGAGGCGAAAGGACGCAACAAAGGAAGCUCAGAGAACGUAAAUCGAGCAACCAACCAAUUUGUCCCUGAUUAUCCUUACAAAUAAAUCAUAUAGUGCAGUUAUUCA